AUGGAUUAUCCUACACCAAAUCAAACUCAACCUAACCCUUUUCCUUUUUCCUCUGCCUUGCUUUUAUCUUUUUUUUCUUACUUCAACUUUUUCACUCUCUGAUACUGUAAACAGAAAUCCAUUGCGUUUUUUGUUUUUGUUUUUGUUUCUGUUUCAAUCGUAAAACCCAGAGAAACACAGACGUCGGUGACCACGACGACGUAUUCCCUCUUCUUAUUCUGCCAUGUUUCGUAUUUGAGUACGACGGAAAGACACUAAGACUAGCUAUUCUCUCUGUUUCCGUCCGACCCAUUUGAGGUUUCUUUUUCCCACCGCGCAUGGCGGAAACCGGCGGCGUAUAUGGGCAGUUUCUAGCGGGGAGUUUAGACCCAACAGCUCAAGAGUUCCGGCCAAGAUAUUCGACUACUUUGUUUUUGCCGCAACCACCCCAUCGGGUUUUCUUUCCGUACCCACCAAUUAGCGACGUUCCUCUCCUGCCGUUUUGCGAGACAGGUGUAACUUACCCGCCGUUUACAACGACGGAGUCGGCGUAUGUACCGGUACGGUCGCCGGUGUCGUCGGUUGCGACUCGGUCGUUAGUGGUGAGUUCGGUUCCUUGCGACGUAAGCGAGACGAUGGUGAGGAGGGAAUUGGAAGUAUUUGGGGAGAUUCGAGGAGUGCAAAUGGAGAGAGUUAAAGAAGGGAUUGUUAUCAUUCAUUUCUAUGAUAUUCGCCAUGCCGAGAGAGCUUUGCGAGAGAUUCGGGAUCAGCACAUGCACCAUCAAUGUCGUCUUCGUAACUACUUCAACAAUAACAACAACAAUAAUGGUUUCUUGUUAUCAAAUUCCUCUCUACCUCGCCCUUCUCCGGCGCCUGGCCUCAUCGCCGGCCAUGCUGUUUGGGCUCAGUUCAUCGUUCCGGCUGGGAAAAAUCAGGGCACCAUCGUUAUCUUCAACCUUGACUCCACCGUUUCCACUUCUUGUCUCAGGGAAAUCUUUGAACGUUUUGGUCAAGUGAAGGAGUUGAGAGAGACGCCACUGAAGAAACAACAAAGAUUUGUGGAGUUUUUCGACAUCAGGGACGCCGGAAAAGCUCUUAAGGAGAUGAACGGAAAAGAAAUCAAUGGAAAAUCUGUUUUGAUUGAGUUCAGUCGUCCUGGGGGCCAUGGGAACAAGUUCUUCAAUGCUAACUUAACUACUCCGGCCAUCUGUGGCUCGAAUAAUAUAUACUCCAGGAGUUCAAAAUGCCCACCGUCACGACCUCCCCCUCCGCCGUCGAGAAAUUUCUCUGGUGGGGUAGGUUCAAAUGUUCCACCUCGGUGGUAUUACUCGAAACCCCAUGCUUCCUCUAGGAAAUGGAAUCUCAACAAGGGGAGUCGAAGCCCGAGAAACCCUCGGAAGAGCUCGGAGUCCGAUGAUGUGUAUGAAAAAAUGGGUUCCGUUGAUUUGAAUGCCGGCGGUGAGUGUAAUGAAAUUGAAGAGCGAGAAUCAUUUGGGGUUUUGAGUAAGAUUUUAAAGAACAGCCAUAGUAGUUCUUCUGUUGGUGCUGAUCAACAACAAGUGCAGCCCAGUAGGAAUAAGCUAAGAAAAUGUAGACAAUCCAGGAAGUUCGAUUCUCGAUUCUUGAUAAACGAUAAUGAUUCCGAUUGCAGAGAUUCGAGGACUACUGUGAUGAUCAAGAACAUCCCCAACAAAUACAGUCAGAAAUUGUUAUUGAACAUGCUGGACAAUCACUGUAUUCAUUGCAACGAGCAAGUGGGCGAUGACCAUAACGAGCCACUUUCUUCCUAUGAUUUUGUAUAUCUCCCUAUUGAUUUCAACAACAAGUGCAAUGUUGGAUAUGGGUUUGUAAACAUGACCUCACCAGAGGCUACAUGGAGGUUGUACAAGGCGUUUCAUCUUCAACCUUGGGAGGUUUUUAACUCCAGAAAAAUCUGUGAGGUCACUUAUGCUAGAGUACAGGGACUGGAAUCACUGAAGGAGCACUUUAAGAACUCAAAGUUCCCAUGCGAGAUGGACCACUACUUGCCAGUGGUGUUUUGGCCUCCUCGGGACGGGAGGAAACUGACGGAGCCAAUGCCGAUUGGUGGGCAGAGACAGUCAAUCACCAUUGGCCUCUCAACUACUCCAUCUUGUUCUGGGAAUGAUGAGAUGGAGGAGGGUGAAGAAGAAGAAGAUGAUGUUGCAACAACAACAACAACAACACUGGUUGACCAACAGGAGGAAAGCAUGAAAGGAAACAACAACAGCAGCAACAGUAGCAGUGGAAGCAUUGAUGAAGACGACACAGACGGUGAUGAGUAUGAUCAAGUUUCUUAAAAAUGGGUGCAAAAUGUUGAUAGGAAAGGAAAAGACAUGGUAUAGGGCUAUUCUUAUUAGUCUCUCAUUGCUGCAACAGCAACUGCAACCACCAAUGACUUAGUGAAGGGUCAAAGCUUUUUUAAUUUGGGUUCUUUUUCCCAGGUUAGAAACCAUCUCUUCUUUCUCUUUCUCUUUCUCUUUCUCUUUCUCCUUUUCACAUAUGGAGUGUGUAUUAAAUUUCUUACUCCAUGCUCAGAUGCUGUAACAUUAUUAUUGUAGAAAAAGUCCCAAAAAAAGCAUCCUCCUUGUUGUUUUCUUAUAUGGUUUAUUUUUGAGGUAAUUUCCUUCAUUUUGAUAUA